AUGACCAAGCUUCUCACCCGGACUUUAUUUUUGCUGGCCAUAUCUGCAGUAUUAUAUGUGUGCUUUCUAUUUUAUAAGCUAAACAACAAUUCUAAUUUGCUUGAAGGUGCACAAAAGCCAGCAUCUAGACUGCUUUACCAGAAUAGAACAAAUGAAUUUCCUACAAUUAAAGCCGGAAAUCGAUGGAUUGUGGUGACAAGUGUUAGUCCGCCGACGGAGGAUGUUAAGAGACUUGCUGCAAUUGAAGACUGGAAUCUCGUAGUUGUGGGGGAUACCAAGACCCCUUUGGAUUGGCAGCUAGAAAAUGUGCAUUUCUUAUCAGUUGUCUAUCAGAAACAGCUACCAUUCUCCCUGGUCACUGAACUACCUUACAAAUCCUACACCCGGAAAAAUAUUGGGUACCUCUACGCAAUUUCAAAAGGAGCUGAAUGGAUUUAUGACACUGAUGAUGAUAACAAGCCUUGUGGGUUGGGACUAAAACAGUUUGAUUAUGAAGAUCAGGUUUCCGGGGUACGGUUUCUCCCGCAGAACGCAUCAGAGAUAAGCCAACGAAUCUUCAACCCUUAUCGGUUCUAUGGAAUGGAUGGAAUGUGGCCCCGAGGGUUCCCCUUGGAGCAUUUUGAGAAGCACACAAAUGGAAAUGAUACUCAGGUACUUUGCUACAAGAUGAAAAGAGCUGCUGUACAGCAAGGGCUUGUACAUCAUGAUCCUGAUGUUGAUGCUAUUUAUAGAUUGUUGAAUGCUGACAAGAAUAGUGGAUUAAAUGUGGAAUUUAACAAGUUUGCACCACCUAUCACUUUAUCAGUUGGGACAUAUUCUCCAUGGAACUCACAGAAUACACUAUUCCAUAAAUCAGCUUUUCAUACAAUGUUCUUACCGACUACGGUGUCGUUUAGAACCACUGACAUCUGGAGGUCAUUUAUCUCUCAAAAAAUCCUGCACUUAUCCGGACUAACUGUAUCCUUCGUUCCGGCCAACGCAGUACAGUUCCGGAAUGCCCAUGACUAUUUAAAAGACUUUAAAGAUGAAAAGCAGGUUUAUGAAGAUUCCGGAAAAAUGAUAGAGUUCCUACAUAAUUGGAAUUGCACUUUGAAUAACUCAACAGUAUUGGAGGAUUGUAUAGAUCGGCUGCUGUAUGAUCUGGUUAAGGUAGGAUUUUGGCUAGAGGACGACGCGAAGAUGAUGGAAAUGUACCUGGAUGACUUGAAGAAUAUGGGAUUCGAAUUUCCAAAACUCAUAGACAACACAGACUAUUCCCCAUCCACAAAUGAAACGACUCGAGAUGUAAACUGCCGACGGAUGCAUCUAGAAUUUGAUCUACUGAAACCAAGAGAAAACCAAAGCAUUAAAAGAGCGGAGCAAAAGCUGAACUAUUUCGGGGAUAUUGUGGAUUGGUGUAAUGAGACCGGGUAUUCAAAUCUAUCGAAUCAAUUUCCAUCGGCUACACAACUAGCAAAGCAGCAUGGCGAUACAUACGUUUUCCAGAAGGAUCAGAACAGCGUUCUGAUAGCUGUGAACAACUAUCCAUGGCAAUAUGGUAUGGGAUUGAUCCAACGCCUUUAUCAACCAUACUUUGCCACAAUCAUAUUCUGUGGAUCCUGGUACCCGGAAAACUAUCUAAACUUGGAUAACACCACCUCUGUUAUGCACCCCGUCAACUAUAUUCAUAUGAACCCCGCCGAAAUGUCAAAAGGUGUAUUCGCCUAUCACUGUGUCACUCUUGUCAAGGAACUUCAUCUGAGCAAUGUUCAGGGGUACUUUUUGAUGUCCGAUGAUACAGUCUUCAAUAUCUGGCAGCGAAUCGACUACUCGAGAGUUCAUCACUUACACGGCUCGACUAACUUUUAUAACAGUUGGUCUCCAACUGAAUAUGGAAUACAAGCCGCCAAAAAAAUAAUAGAAACCGUGAAAGCAUCUACUGAUCCAAAAGUUCUCACGACUUGGAAAAAAUUUGACAAUGGCCUGAAGCAAUUUGCAUAUCACAAUAUUACGGAUGGUGGAGAGGCCCAACUUUCGAGCACUCAUGGAAAAAGUAUUUCGGAUUUCUACUACAUACCUUCAACUGAAAUCGACUACUAUGCGGACCUAAUGAGAAUCUUCUACGACGGCGGACUAUUUUUGGAGACCGCUGUAAACCGAUUCUUAAGAUCCGUUGAUCAUCAAACGUCCCUCGCCGGAUCAUCCAGCUACCUUUGGGAUGACAAUCGGGCUCGGUGGCCUAAAUUCUACAAUAAGGAUCUUGUAGGCUUGCAUCCUAUUAAGCCAAGCAAGUUUGGAUAUCCAGGAGAAGAACGAAAAGCAUACUGCGCCACAGUCAUCCAAACAUGGUCUGACAUUGUGUUCGGAGGAUCGAGAAACUUCACAGUCAAAGAUGAUACUGCCAAAGAGAAUUAUAAUUGA